AUGUGCUCCACAGCUCUCAGUUUGUUCGCUUCCGACCAAAACUAUUCAAAUGUGCUACAUGUUCUUACCAUACUUGAACUUUUCAUUCACUCUUUUGGAGCAUACAUCAUCAUUGCAAAAACGCCGAAAAAGUUGGAAGCCGUGAGGACGAGCAUGCUAUAUCUACACCUUGUCGGAGCAAUAGUAGAUGUUGCCGUCAGUGUUUUCACUAUGCCAGUCCUACAUUUGCCUGUUUGUGGAGGCCAUCCUCUCGGGUUGCUUCAAUUUUUCGGCGUUCCAGUCUCAGUGCAAACUUAUGUGGGCCUUUCUUUACCUGCAGUAAUGGUAGCGACCAUUGUGGUGUUUCUUGAAGAUCGUCGAUAUCGUUUGGUUAACGAUCAAAAGUCAAGCAAAAUAAAAAAAUGGUUUCGGUUGUUGUUUAUUACAGCAAACUAUGUUUCUGCUACAAUGUACCCUGCGCCGGUAUUCUUUUUCCUUCCUGAUCAAGAAUAUGGAAGACUUUUAUUGAAAAAAAAAUCAGUGUAUUCCAAACGUUUUUUUCGAUCAUCCAAACUUUUUUUGCUUGUUCUCGAUGGUGAGUAUAUUGCCAAUUAUAUGCUAUUUGCGUUGACUAUUUUUUUGUCUCAAAUGUUUUGGCAAAUCGGGAUGAUUUUCCGUCAUUUGCUUAAAAGUACUCCUGUUUCUAAGAGCACAAUUCGUUUACAACAACAGUUUUUUAUCGCAAUGAGCCUGCAAGUUAUCAUUCCAAUUGUCAUAAUCGCUUUUCCAUCGUUUUAUAUGUUUUUUUCAGUUACAUCUGGUUAUUAUAAUCAAGGCGCUAACAACAUAGUGUUUACUGUAAUUUCCAUGCAUGGAGUGUUAUCCACUUGUACAAUGAGGAUGGCAUACAGACCUUAUAGAGAAUCAAUUGUCCAAAUGUUGAAUCUGAAUUUCAAACAGUCCGGUAGCCGAGCUCAACUUAUUUGGAAGCUUUCAAAAAGAACAAGUACUCGAUUUUGA